CUUAUAAAGCCCGCAUGCAGCGUUCGGCUAUCACCGUGCGAGGGAUCGAUGCCCGAAUGCGAGACGUGUCAACCAAUAACAGCGCGCGCACGACCCCUGCGGUCUACCGCAGUACCGUCACCCCCUCCCGUACCCUUCCCGCUCCUCGCAGCCUGCCCGCACCCGUCACCCGCAGUGCCCGUCAGCUGCCACACACAACGUACGUCCCGCACACAAUAUGGCGCACUUCACCGAACCCGAAAUGCAAAAACUAGCCGAAAUCUACAAAGACUACGACUGCCUGGGACAUAAGACACAAGUUUUACAAAAGCAGGGAAGUGCGACAGAAUGCUUACGAACUAAUGUUGAAAAGAUUGAACAUUCCCGGACUCACACUGAAGGAUAUCCCGAAGAAAAUUAAAAACUUCAGAUCUUCGUACUACCAGGAACUUAAACGGAUACGAAAUAGUUUGAAUGCGGGCGAUGAGGGGAAGGUGUACAUACCAAAAGUGUCCUGGUUUAGCCUAGCUGAUGAGUAUCUAAGUUCAAUCUGGAGCGAAAGGCAUCACAAAUACUAUAGACCAAAAGACGAAUUGAAACUACUCAUUCGUGGUAAAGACGUGCAUUUUGAAAGAAGGAAGAAGUUGAAACCAAGUGUCGACAAAACCAACGAAAACUCCAGCAACGAAAAAAUUGAAGUCACCCAAGCAUCUUCUAGCAGUAAUACAGAAGGCCCUGUAGACGAAUUAGAAAGUUUUGGAAAAUACAUUGCUGCUUCUUUACGAAGUAUGCCAAAGGAAUUUUCGAUUAUCGCUAAGACGGAGCUACAGAAUACCUUGUCAGAUGUGGAACUGAGGAUCAUGAGGCAAGCCACGUCGAGCAGGGCGUGCGACCCGCUGGGCGGAGCCUCAACCAGCAGCUUUGAUCAUAACAGUUCGGGUUGCGUAUCGCCAAGUUCUGAUUCCUGUCUGUCAAGUCUUAAAAUAGAACUUGACAAUUAGAAGGUGCAAUUAUUAUUGGAUUUACUAUAGACUUGUGUAUUUAUCAAGAUGCUUAGAUUAGUUUCGGGGCAAGCCGGAGUCCUGAAUUAGCUGACGCGGCUGAGUCGCAAGUCACUCUGGAAUUAAAAGUGUAUAAAUCCGCCUCAAGAAAGUUAUUAUAAAAAAUAAUUAAAACUCAAAUUAUUGAAAACCAACUUAUGGAUAGUAAUUUAGAAAAGUCGAUUGCUACUUUGUGGUACAGAAUAACUACAUGUACGUUAGUUUUACCGAUACCUACCAAGUAAAUUAUGUAGAUAUAAGUAUAUAUGUUUUGUAGUGAUAUUAAAUGUAUAAUAUAAUAAUAGUGAGGAAAUUUCGUCUCUUAAUUAAAAUAAAGAUGACUCAAUGAUGUACGUCGUGUUGACACCUACCCCUCCAAGCAAAAGUUAUGGACAAACGACACUUAAAGAGCAUAAUAUUUAUAAAAGAGGUUUAUAA